UGCAGUCGUAGAUUUUCUUCAAGAAGUUCCCCGCUUCCCCAUCUUCAACCGUGAAUAUGUCAGAACCACAAACAAAGAAAGCCAAAACUGAAGUCGAAGAAGGCAUUCUGUUUGGAUAUGGUAAUCCACUAUUGGAUAUCUCUGUCACCUGUGACAAGGCAUUCCUUGACAAGUAUGGGCUAGAGGCCAACAAUGCCAUCUUAGCAGAUGAGAAACAUGUGCCUAUGUAUCAAGACAUCGCUGACACGUAUGGCGAUGAGGUCCAGUACAUUCCAGGUGGAGCCACACAAAAUUCCAUCAAGAUCGCUCAGUGGCUUUUAGGCACGAAGAACGCCACAACAUUUACAGGUUGUAUCGGUCAAGACAAAUUCGGGCAGAUCUUGGAAAAGAAGUGUACCGAUCUUGGUGUGAAUUGCCGAUACCAGUAUACCACAGCGGAGAAAACAGGAACAUGUGCAGUACUUGUUACAGGUGCAGAUAGGUCAUUAUGUGCCUACCUUGCUGCAGCCAAUGCUUUUACAAAAGAUCACCUCGAGAAAAGCGACAACUGGGCCUUUGUAGAGAAAGCCGCAUACUUUUAUAUCUCAAGUUUUCCGUUGACGGUUUGUCCCGAGGCGUUGCUCGACAUUGGUCAACAUGCAAAUAAAACCAACAAAGUGUUCCUGCUGAAUCUUUCCGCUCCAUUCCUGUGUGAUUUUUUCGCCGAGCCGAUGAUGAAAGUUAUGCCCUACGUCGAUGUCCUGUUUGGAAAUGAAACUGAGGCUGUUGCAUUUUCGAAAAAACAGAAUCUUGGGACUGAAGAUGUCGCAGAGAUUGCUUUGGCGGCCGCUAAAUUACCAAAAGAAAAUAAGGAACGUGCAAGGAUGGUUGUGUUCACUCAGGGAGAGAACCCAACUAUUGUAGCUUAUGAGGGAAAGACAACCAGCUACCCUGUAAUUCCCUUGAAACCAGAAGAACUUGUCGAUACAAAUGGUGCUGGUGAUGCGUUUGUUGGAGGUUUCUUGGCUCAAUAUGUACAGGAGAAGGCCACUGAGGAGUGUAUACGUUGUGGUAACUACACUGCCAACUUGGUCAUAAAGAGAUCUGGGUGUACGUUCCCAGAGAAGCCGGACUUCCAUUAGCCAAAGGAACGAGAGAACUGUCUUGUUCGGUUCAGAAUAUCAGGGUCCACAAUUGACUUACUCAGUGAAACUUGUGUGCUUUGUAUUAAAAUGUAUUGUUGGUGUCAUUUGGCUCUUUAGGGUGAAAAUUCAAAACCUUUUUCAUGCAGUUUUCACAGUAAGAAAUACUACGUAAUGAAAGACACAGAGUGUCUUUUUGACACUUCUCAUGACCAUUCCAAAAAGGAUGUGUUGGGUUUGCAUUAUCACUGUUGGUGUACUGUAUACACAUUGAAGCCUCAUAACAACCACAAUAAAACAGGUUUUAGAAA